GCAUAAGCGACGGGCAGCACGCGCCGUAUCGCUGACCUUGGUGCUGAAAGCGGUUUCCGUGCACCAGAUAAGAUAAACUUCCAUCUCAGUCCUUUAUUUGAUCGCUCAUUGUAUUUGUUGUUUGUGUACAUUUCCGUUUGGUCAGAUUCGUUUUUUUUUCACCAAACUUUUUUUUUCUCAGUCUUAUAAAAAGCAGGAGUCUGGUUUAACGUGAACAUCAGAUGUAUUGGCUCGCACCGAGAUGGCAGUGAAAACGCUCACGGUGCGUAAGAAGAACGAAUUCAUCAUUUCGAACAGACACAGCCACUCCACUUCUGAUUCCUCCAUAUAGGUGUUUUUCUUUUCUUUUUUCAAGUGUCGCGCUUGAGGACCGACGUCGUGUUUCUUUAGCUGUCUGCCCGACUUCAUCAGAGAUCUGCUAAGGGUCUGUCCGGUAUGUCCGACCAGCUCGUGCGUGAUAUGAUACUUUAACACAAACGAGAAAGAGAAAACGAGGGAUUAUCAUAUUUGGACAUGGAUACUCCGAAGGAGCCUGGUUUCGCGCCCAGCAAAGAGGCUUUCAAGCAGCUGGCAGGAAAGACGUUGGGUCAUAUGUACAAGGUGUUGGAAAAAAGACAAAAACCUGGGGAAAAUAUUGAACUAACGGAGGAUGGCCGACCGGCACAGCCAGCUGAAAGGAAGGCGCCCUUAUGUGACUGCACGUGCUUCGGCCUCCCGCGCCGCUACAUCAUCGCCAUCAUGAGCGGCCUCGGCUUUUGCAUCUCUUUCGGGAUUCGGUGCAAUCUGGGCGUGGCUAUCGUGAGCAUGGUGAACAACAGCACCAUUCACCAGAACGGCAAAAUCAUCAUCAAAGAGAAAGCCAAGUUUAACUGGGACCCAGAGACAGUGGGAAUGAUCCACGGUUCCUUUUUCUGGGGUUAUAUAGUGACCCAGAUCCCAGGAGGGUACAUAUCAUCGCGAUUAGCAGCCAACAGAGUGUUUGGGGCGGCCAUCGUUCUCACAUCCACCCUCAACAUGUUCAUCCCGUCAGCUGCGCGCGUGCACUACGGCUGCGUCAUUUUCGUCAGGAUAUUACAAGGGCUCGUGGAGGGAGUGACCUAUCCAGCAUGCCAUGGGAUUUGGAGUAAAUGGGCUCCACCUCUGGAGAGAAGUCGCUUGGCCACCACUUCCUUCUGUGGAUCCUAUGCUGGUGCAGUUGUAGCUAUGCCUCUGGCUGGGAUCCUGGUGCAGUACACUGGUUGGUCCUCUGUCUUCUAUGUCUAUGGGAGUUUUGGUCUUGUCUGGUAUGUCUUCUGGAUCUUGGUGUCAUAUGAAAGUCCUGCUGAGCAUCCUACAAUCACGGAUGAGGAACGCUGCUAUAUCGAGGAAAGCAUCGGAGAGAGUGCUAAGCUGCUGGGACCUGCUGAUAAAUUCAAGACACCCUGGAGGAAGUUCUUCACCUCAAUGCCUGUCUAUGCAAUCAUCGUGGCUAACUUCUGCAGAAGCUGGACCUUCUACCUGCUGCUUAUCAGCCAGCCAGCAUACUUUGAGGAAGUGUUUGGUUUUGAGAUCAGCAAGGUUGGCAUGCUUUCAGCCCUUCCUCAUCUGGUGAUGACCAUUAUUGUGCCAAUCGGAGGGCAGAUAGCAGAUUUCCUGCGCGCUAAAAACCUCAUGUCUACCACGAAUGUCAGAAAGAUUAUGAAUUGUGGAGGCUUUGGUAUGGAGGCUACUCUGCUGCUAAUAGUAGGAUACUCUCACAGUAAAGGCAUGGCCAUCUCAUUCCUAGUGCUAGCUGUGGGCUUCAGUGGAUUUGCUAUAUCAGGCUUCAAUGUAAAUCACUUAGACAUCGCGCCACGUUAUGCCAGUAUUCUAAUGGGCAUCUCAAAUGGAGUGGGGACCCUGUCUGGCAUGGUGUGCCCUCUGAUUGUUGGUGCUAUGACCAAAAAUAAGACAAGAGAAGAGUGGCAAUAUGUGUUCCUCAUUGCCUCACUAGUACAUUACGGCGGUGUGAUCUUUUAUGGCCUUUUUGCAUCGGGUGAGAAACAACCAUGGGCUGAUCCAGAGCAAACCAGCGAAGAGAAAUGUGGCUUCAUCGAUGAGGAUGAGCUGGCUGAAGAGACCGGAGACAUCACACAAAGCUACGGAGCUCUGGGCGCCCCGGCUAAGACCUAUGGAGCCACCUCACAGAUGAAUGGAGGAUGGCCUGAUGGAUGGGAGAAAAGAGAAGAAUAUGUACAAGAGGGAGCAGAAGAAGGAGGAUAUGGAUACAGGCAGGGCAGGGAGUACUCUUAGACAACACACACAGCCACACAGACAAAGCACAUAAAUACAAUCAAUGCACACAUCCACAUGGUAGAUGUAUUUUCUAGUGAUUGUGAGUUCUAAAAAAAAUGCUAAAUUAAUGAGAAAGAUGUAAAAUAAUACACAUUGUUGUAUGUUUGCACAAAGGAAAUUAAUAAAAUAUAAAAUAAGACAAGCUUUUAAAUAGAUAAAAUAUAUACAUACAGUAUAUAUAUAUAAAUAAAUAUAUAUAAAACUAAAAUUAUAGAAAGAUGUAAUACAUAUCAAAUUGGCAGAUUGUAACUGUAAAUUGUCUAUGUAAAAAAAAAAGAAAAAUAAGUGAAUAUAUUUCGAGUGCAAUCUUGUGUAAUGUUGUGAAAAUAAUAUUUGCACCUCAACAUUCUAUAGAAUUAGUUUAGUUGCAGGUGUUGAGAACCACCACACCUCAUAACGGCUCAAAUAAGAAAUGCACACAGAGCCAAACCAGCGACAGAAAACCCUGUACCCUGAACAAAUAUACUGGUUUUUCUGUUUCCUUUGCUGAUUGCACUUCGAAAAAUCAUACUGUGCCACUGCACAAAACCAUGAGCCUGUUUUUUCCAUGAUGUGUUAUUCUUUCAUUGUAGAUGGAGUUUUUUUGUGAGACUUUAGAGGAUUUGGGUCUUUGACACUGUAUUUAAGAGCACAGCUAUAAAGAAAAAGAAAAAAAAAACACAGAGGUGUAAAAAUAAAUGUGUUGUCUUAGCCUGGAUUGGGAUUUUCAGACGUUUUAAGGCUGAGAUAAUGAUUUAAAGCAUUUAUGGCUUAGCAGAAUAUUUUGUGUAUUACCAAGGUUUGUCAAGCGGAAGCAACACUGCUAAUCAGAAAAGAAGAAUUUAUGAUGUAGUUAGCUAUAAUGGCAUUGUCUAUUGGCUAGUUUUAUAUUAAGUGAUAGCACAGCCAUCCACUGCCAGGAGAGCGUAAGAGCACAAUUGGUUAUGAUUUUAUUGCAUAAGAAUUAGUUUAGCUAAAUUUUAAGCAAUAUUAGCCAUAUACUGGUUGCAUAUAAAAAUAUGCCAAGACUUGAGUUUCCUUAAAGCUUCUUAGCACAAUGAUCCUUGGUAUAUGGUCGAGUGACUAUCACACUGUACAUGGCUUUGCUAGUUAAUUGAAGUGAGUGGUCUCCUCCAAGCACAUAUAGCUGGGCUAUGGUGUUGCACAUCCUACAGUCUCGCGUCUUUGCUCUCAGAUGUCUGCUUCCAUUUUAUGGUGAUUCUCAGAUGGGGGAUUAGUGAUAAAUAUUGGCCAACCAAGAAAAAAUAAUAAAGCACAGAGUGGAUAAAAGAAAAGCACAGAGUGUCCAAAAGACCCAAUCCUUGAGUCCCUUCUGAUUUUUGGAAUCCCAGAGUUAACACCAUGCCAUCUUGAUGUCCGUGAAUUGUAGUUAUGCAUGGAUGAGAACACUGUUUCUAGCUGUACAUCUUUUAAAACAACUCCUUUUCUGCUUUAAGUUACUGAUGGGUUAAUUUCUUUGCACAGGUUAACCAAAGGUAAUGUGUAGAGUUGGGUUUUAACCGUGUCGGGUUUAAUGGGUGGGGGGAAAUCCCGUAAAGAUUUAAAAACAGCUACCUGCUUUUAAAAACAGCCAGAGUAGGUUUUAAGCAUAUUCAAUGUACAAAGCAAUAAAUCCAUGGUAACAGUUAAUGUUUAUCCAGUAUGAACAAAAAAAGAAAAAAUAUGUAUGUAACUCAUUAGCACAUUUAACUGUAGUGACUUUUGAUUCGAGUUGUGUUUUUGUGAUGACAAUUAAAAAAAAAAAAAAGAUCAAAUAUAAAGUUAUUGUUAAACCAUGUAUAAAAGAUAUAAAUAGAUUUAGCAGGAGUCCAGUGCAAAACUCUUUGACUCUUUUAUAAGUAUAAAGAGUGUUUGUGCUGGACCCACUCACCAGAAGAGAAUGAUUCUUACGUGCCACCUACAGCUAGUUCCUGAGUGAAACUCUCGCUACGGUUCUCAGUCCCGUAGGUGGACACACCUCUGUAGUUGUCCUGUGUGGUUGCCAGUGGUUGCAUUUUUGCAAGUAUGUUGUUGUCAGAUGUUCCCCUUCCUCCCUUCCCAAUCCCCCCCUGCCUUUAUUUGACUUCCCUCUUGUUUUUGGUCUGUGUUUUGUCAGUGGCUUGAGACCUUCUCCUCUUAUCUACUUACUUCCUCUCGUAAAAACCCACUACUGCUGCAAUAUUCAACAACGAAAGGGGUUGUUUGUAAAGGUAUUCAGAAAUGCACAAAUAUUACAGUUAUUAGCAAAGACAUUAUGGUACCAUAUUCCUGUUUUGUGCCUAAGAGUAAAGUGUGGCUUCGUUUGCUGUGUUACCUGUAAAUUAAGAGGUUUGUUGAUGUCAAAAUGAAAUGCUCUAUAUAUCCUUUUUAUAUAAAACUAUAACAAAAUUUUA